UAGAAGACUUUGUAAAAAUCUUUUUUUUAAGAGUACUAUCUUAAAGAGAACAAAAUUCUAAGUAAAAUGAAGGAUGAAGAAGUUUCCGAAGAGCUUUUCUUAAAAGGUGACAAGUGGAACAAAAAAAAAUGAAAGCAAAAAGGAAUAUUUAUAGCAUUGUCGAAGAAAAUCUAUUGUUUAAUUUCUUGCAAUGUUUAUAACUUUUUGAAGAAGAAUCAGGGAGGACUUUGUUUAGUUACUUUCUGGGCACCCUAUCUUACUGGUAUAUUUUGACGUUGCGAUCAUGUUGUAAAUGUUAUCUUUCUCAAAAUUUAGCAUACGUAAUAUCUAAUUAUUAUGAGGAAUAUACGUAUUUAUCAGUAACUUCUGUAUGUCUUUGAUAAUGAGGAUGUGCCAUCGAGUGAUUCUCCUUCAAUACUUAACUACUAGAUGAAAUGGUUUGAUUUUUAUUAAUAAUUAAUACGAAGAGAAAGUUCCGAUACGAAUCUUUAUUUCGUACUGUGCACAAUGUUCAAUAAAAUCACAGCUUUGCUUCAAUCAACAAAGUUGAAUAGAUAACAACUAAUUAAAAGAGUAAAGGAUGAUAUAUCCAAAACAUAAGCAAACGUUUUCUACCUAACAAUAAAGGACAAUCGAAAUUUUUGUGCAAGUUUGUCUUUUGCAAAUAUCUGUAUAUAUUUAGAACAAAAUAAAACUUAAAAUAUUGAUUAAUUUAGAUUGUCAAUGCAUCUGAAGUAUGGUUUAUAACAAAUGGUCUUGAUAUUGGUAUGCCAAAAUUAAUUGGAUCAGCUUUUCGAGAUGAAAUUUCAUUACGACGAGCUGAUGAUACAUGGGCGAAACAGAUGAAUCGAACACCGAAAGAACAUAAAACAUUAAUUUUAAUUGGAAUUGUUUGUGAUGAUGACAUUAAAGACUCUAUUGAUUUCCAUUCAUGCAAAGACAAAUUAAAAACGGAAAUAAAAGUGCCACAAAAUAAAUGUGAACAAUUAUCAUUAAACAGUGAUCAUACACAUUUUAUAAUAAUUCGUAAAUCACCAAUUGCUUCUAGUUCGACAAAUAUUUCAGAAAUAAAAUCUACAACAAUCGAUACUGACGAUAAACUAUUAGAAAAAAGAACUGAUUCAACUGGAAAUGUUACAAAUAAAUUUCGCAAUAGUUUUGAAGCUUUUUUACAUAAAGAAGCAUUACAACAACAAGUUAUGAGUCCUAUCGAAUUACAAUCAGCAACAACCAUACCAUUAAAUAAAUUUAAUUCAUGGAGUGAAGAUGGUUUUCCAAUGGUAUGUACUUUAGUUCAUGGUACAAUACAAACAAUUGAACUUGUCUAUCAAAAAAUUCGAGAAGAAAUUCCUAUUGUCGUUCUUAAAGGAACUGGAUCUGCUGCUGAUCUUAUUGCAUUUGCUUAUGAAGAAAUUAAUACUAAAAAUAAAAAUAUAUCUGAAGAUGAUUAUUUAAAAAUUGAAUUAACUCGAUAUUUGGUUGAUGAAUAUCCCGAAUUAAAAGAUAAUAAUCUUAAACGAAAUGAAAUUCGUAAUUAUAUUAUGUCAAUUGUUAAAGAAGCCGAUAAAGAAGGAAGAAAAUUUUUAUCAUUUGUUGAUAUUAAUAGUACAACACCAUCAUUAAAUGAUUUUCAUAAAUUUAUUCUUUCAGCUUUUUUACAAGGACAAAAAAUUCUAACUGAUGAUAAAGUUAAUGUUGAAUCAAAACAAACAGAUAAAUUAAAACGAAUUGCUGAAUUAAAGCGAAAUAUUCAAAUAAAACAAAAUCUUCUAUUAACACUUGAUUGGAAUUUAUCAGAUUUAGCUUUAUCAGAAAUUUUUCAACGUUAUGAUGGCAUGAAAUAUACUAUACAAACAAAAUUAUUUGAUAGAGCUAUACUCGAAGAAAAUCAUGAAGCAUUUGUUGAUUUAUUUCUUGAUCGAGAAUUUGUUCUACAUCGAUAUUUAAACUCAGAUAAAUUCAUUAGUCUAUUUAAUCAAGCAAAAGAUAGAGAUUUUUUCACAAUAACAUCACUUGAAGGCAUUCGUAGUUUAACAGGAGAUGAAGAAGAAGUACCAAAAAAUUUUGUUGAAAAGGAUCUUAAUGAAAUUGUUAAACGUUUGACGGGUAUCGAUCAUGUUUUUUGUAAAAGUGAAAUGAAUAAUAAUGCUAUGGGACUUUAUUUUGGUGAUAAAUCAGACAAAGAUAUUCAGAAACAAAAGAUAAAAGCAGAAAAAAAAGCUCUUCAAUAUUUAAUUAUUUAUGCUGUAUUAAUGAAUCGACAACAAUUAGCAAAAAUUCUUUGGAAACAUUCGUCAGAACCUAUUCCAUUAGCAUUAAUCUGUUAUAUGAUGUUUAUAAAAUUAGCACCAUAUUGUCACGAAUCUUAUCUAAGAUCAUUAAUAGAAAAACAAGCCAAAGAAUUUUCCAAUUGGGCUGUAGGUAUUCUUGAUAAAUCAUUCGAUGAAGAUAACCAAAGAACAUUCGAAAUGCUUGAUGAAAAACAUCCAGAUUGGAAUUAUAUGACAACUAUUGAAUUAGCUUAUCAUGCUGAUAAUAAGGAAUUUAUGGCACAUCCUGUUUGUCAAAAAUGGAUUAUAAGACAAUUUUAUGGAGAAAUAACACCACGUGAACUUUCAUGGGGAUUAUUUAUUUGUCCAAAGUUUCUAAAAAUCAUAUUAAGUGCUAUUCUUAUAUUCCCAAUGUGUUUUUGGAUAAAUUUUUCUCCAAUUGGUCAAGCACCUUCAGUAUCAGAAAAAGCAAGUGAUUUAUCAAAUGAUACAAAAAACGAUGCAGAAACCGAAUCAAAACGUGGUGAAGAAAAAAAAUUAGUUGAACUAAUAGGUGAAGUAAACGUUCGACAAGGAAAUGAUAUUUUUCAACGACUAAUACCUUGUUUGCGUGGUAGUUUUGUAAAAAAAUCGAAAACUACAUCUCAUGAAAAACAACUGAAUCUUUUUGAAAAAAUUAAAAUUUUAUGGUCAGCACCAAUAACAAAAUUUUAUACAAAUUUUGUUUGUUAUGUUGCAUUUUUAUGUUUUUUUACAUUGGCUGUUAUGUGGCCAUCAUGUGGAAAUUUACUACUUGAUUUCUUUGUUUGGUUUUGGGCAGCAUUAAUAACUUUUGAAAAUAUGCGUGUUACUUAUGAAAAAUGUUGUUCUCAAAUUAGUUUACCUUUACGACGAUCUGCAUUAGAAAUUAUCGUACAAAUUAUAUUUUUGGCACUUUUUCUUGAUUUUAGAAUAGUUGGUUUAUGGCAUUUUGGAACUUGUCAAAUUGUAGCAUCAAAAGCAAUCUUAGGUGUUGGAUUAAUUUAUUAUUAUUAUCGAUUAUUAUAUAUUUUUUUCCCGAUAAGUCCAAUACUUGGUCCACUGAUGAUUCGACUUCAAUAUAUGAUCACGAAUGAUUUUUUUACAUUUUUAAAAUUAUUUGUAAUAUUUAUGAUAUCAUUUGGUGUUGCAAUAGCAGCUGUACUUUAUCCACAUCACUCACUUAAUUUAGAUUUA